AUGCUUCCCGGGUCGAGCGACAUGGCGCUAGCAGCAUCAGCGAUGUGUGCCUUUUUUUGUUCCGUCGUGACGUUCGGCGAAGCAGUCGGGGUGGCAACGUCGGUGCAGCUGCAGAAGAAGACCAUCAAGGAAACCAUCGCGGAUACGGAUAACGUCCGAGGUCAUGGCCAUGGCCAUGGCCAUGACAGUGGCCAUGACCAGGCUUACACUGGCGUCCAGUUUGAUCUCCGAGGGUUUCGCCGGAAGAAGAGGGCCAACACCAAGGUGGUCCACAAGACGGCUUACUUCGGCACCGUCGAGAUCGGCACCCCGCGACAGUCGUUCGAGGUCGUGUUCGAUUCUGGCAGUGGGAAUCUGAUAGUGCCAGCGACCGACUGCGAAAGCGAGGCAUGCUUCCAUCACACACGCUACAACAUUACUCAAUCCACCAGCGCGCGCCUUGCUUCUUGCAAUCCCAAGAUGUCCGAUGACUUCUCCGGUGAGAGCAGAGUGUCCAUUUCAUUCGGCACCGGAACUAUGUCGGGUCGGUGCGUCAGGGAUCAGAUUUGUCUUGGCACUGUGUGCUUCCCCGGUUCAUUCAUAUCCUCUGUCUCCGAGAGCCAAAUCCCGUUUGGUUCUUACCAGUUUGACGGUGUGUUGGGUUUGGCCUUGUCCACAGCGUCGCGCGGUUCCGAUUUCAAUGCAAUGGAAAGGCUGAAGGCGACCGCAAGGCUCCAUCAAACAAUGUUCUCGGUCUUCCUGUCACAAGCCGAUUCCCAAGAGGAGGUCUCCGAGGUCACCUUCGGUAGCGUCAAGACAAGCCACAUGGCGUCGGACCUGCAUUGGGCGCCCGUCACCCGCGACACGGGCUACUGGGAGGUUCAGAUUUCUGACAUCACCAUUGACAACCGUCCACAAAAUCUAUGCGUCAACUGCUACGUUGCGGUGGACACAGGGACGUCGGAGUUGGCUGGGCCGAGUCCCAUCGUACAAGAGUUAGCUAUGAGGCUGAACGUGGAGCCCGAUUGCUCGAAUUACCAUGGGUUGCCGAAUCUUGGUUUCCUCGUCAACGGGCAGAUUCUGAACCUCCAGCCGGACGAUUACGUCGAUACGGUCUCGGACUCCUGCGAGGUCACCUUGAUGCCCCUCGAUAUUCCCCCGCCCAGGGGCCCGCUUUUCAUUUUGGGGAUCACGUUCCUCGAACGGUUCUACACCGUCUACGACAACGUGAACAGGCAGGUCGGAUUCGCGGUGGCCAAGCACGCGGCCAGCGGACGGCCCGCCAUGGACCCGGCGAUCAUCAUGUCGCAGCUGGGCGCCUCGGUGAGGAACUCGAGCUCGAGUAGGCAGAGCACCAGGGGACACCUGCGCAAGUGA